GAAGUCAUUUCGCUAACAUCUUGAAUGGCAAGCGAGUCUUCUUUUUCAGUUUCGCUGACGUUUAAACGGUUGAAAUGUCGAAAGGAAGAUAAUUUUAUUUAAGCUUAAAACGGUUGUCCAGGCGUAACUGUGGGAAAAGCUCACGAAUACUACGAUGAUACUUUAAAUGAACGAUGACAGGCUACAAAUUUGGCUUCCUCCUAACUGCGUUAUUAUACUUUUUUGCUGGAGCCUCCAUCACAACAGGUAAAAAUGAUAAUUCAACAACAGCAGUGGCUCGACAGUUCAUUCUUCCACCAAGGAUCCAUCAGAUCAGUCCGUUUGCCGGCACCAUAUCAGCUACUGACCCCUCAGUUCUGGCCUUCCAUGGGAUUCCGGAGACAAGUUCUGAGAUACCUUCACAGCAGAUUGAGAAUCAAAUUGCACAUUUGAACGAACUUACACAACAGCUUCGUGGUAUGCCACAGUCUCCUUCCAUUACACAAGUAGGCAAAGGCCUACCGAUACCGCUUUCUAGGUAUGCUGCACAGAUAGAGAAAGGAGCGUCUGAAAAUGGUGUUAGCCGUCCAUUAGGAGUUGAGCCAAGCUAUUUUAGAAAUAUAGCGGGAAACCCAUUGACUGGACCCAAUGGAUUAACAAAAGAAGUCCUUUCAGAUCUGAUGUUUGGAAAUCUUAAAAGCCUUGCAUCGGUGGGAGGAUUAACAACUGCUAAUAGUCCUGCGGAAGACAAUGGAUUGUCGCCUCAAAUGACUGGAAACUCUGAAUUGAGUGGAUUUAACAGUCCCUUGCUUGAAGAAAAGUUGGCAAAAUCACAAUCUGGAAAAUCAGGCCUUGGUCUACCCCUCCCGCCAAAUGAAAGUAUGGAUUUUAAUGACCUACCGAACAGUGAUCUCGACAAUAUAAACAAGACCCCAUAUCUCCAAUCGAGACAUCACGCCAAAAGCAAAAGGAAAAAGAAAGAUAAUAAGUCUGAUGUUGUCACAAAAUUGCUACUCUCUUUAUUGGUUGAUAAAUUAAAAGACAUAUACGAAAUUGAUAAAAUGAACAGCUCACAGCGUAAGACGUUGAAACUGGAUUCGUCGACGGUAGGAAAAAUCGAGAACACUCUGAAGGAACACGGCCAUCCGUCUGACCACAACAAACUUAGUUCUGGAAAAGAUGUAAAUAAGGAGGCCAAAACAACUGAAAACUUCGAAACUAAUCUCUCGUUCCCACUAACCUUCUCUGAUACUAAAGGGACUCAGUUAUCACUUGUAGAUUCCCCGAAGAAUGACAAAGAUGACACUUCUUUACUUGAUGUCGACACGAAAAACAUCGAGAAUAUUAUCAAAGGUAUUGAAAAUGGGGGUGAAAAGUCUAAUGAAACUGAAAGCAUCAGAAUUGAUUCGGGUAACAGUCCUCAAGAAAUCUCCCAAAAGACAACUAAAACUCUUUCACCAGACAUAAACCACCUUCAAACGGGAUCUACGUCCGAGUUUCAUCGUGUUAAAAUGGAACCUAUAGGUGAACUUGGAAAAACUGCGAACAUACCGAGUAUUUCUGAUUAUCACCCAACUUUAGAGGUUUCCGAGGCAAACCCUCCGUCUGAACAAAUGUUUGAAGUACAUACUGACAAAGCAACAAUAUCAACGUUACCUACGUUUUCCAUCUCCAGUCUAUUAAAUCAGGAAAUACCUGGAACUGUCAAAGGAAGUAACCGAGUCUUAAAUGUGGUAAAGGAAAACGAGUCCGGGAGUCUUACUGGUUCUAACUCAGCAACAGUGCCUGUCACUACUACAGAAACUGAAGAACAUAAAGGUAUAACUACAAGUGCCAGUGAAAGUGACGCCGCUAAUUACCUUGAGGCUUCUAGAGUUCUGGGUGCUGUUUUCAAUAAAGUGAAGGAUCCUCUGGCUAGGAAAAGCGUUGAAGUCGCUAUCAAAGCAAUGUUGAAAUUAAUGAAGUCAGAAAACAGCUAUUCUAAAAAGGAAUCAGUUCCAUCGUCCAAAAGCUCGUCAAUACUUCAGGAAAAAGUAAAAAAACUGAUGAAAACUAUCCAUGAACUUUCUAAAAUGGUUCAUGUUGAAGAUGAUUCUCCGCAUGGAAAGCACAAAAAGUACUCCCGUGUAAAGCAUAAGCUUUUUCAUAAGCGAUUUUCACAGAAACGAACAAUCCAUCACAGGACACGGGUGGGAAUGCACCAUCUUAAGAGAAAACAUCAAUGGAAUAAUUAAGAGUUUUGUCACAUUAAUUAUACCAACUCUAGGAAAUAGAGUUAAUAAUCCGAAUAACUGAUACUAUAAUACAAGCAAAUAUGAUAUUUAUAAUAACAGUUUCGGUGACGUUUGAAAUCUGAUGUACUUAAGUCGAAUGGAAGAUAACUAUAUUGCGGGUCCCCAGACCAAUAAUUUUCUGGUUCUUUGCCACCUUAGUACUUCUUUUAGGAUUCAUUUGGACCUUAAUAAAGAUA